GUGUGGACCGUACAUCGGCGCGUGAACUCCACUGUCCCUCCCACUUACUUCAUCUCCUUCCAUAUAAUCCCAAACCCCCCUCUCUCUCUCUCUCUCUUCUCAACAAUGGCUUCACUCAAAUCUCUCUUCCUCCUCUUCCUCUUCUUCUUCACAGCUCAAUCUCGCUUAACCACAAACUUCUACUCAAAAACAUGCCCAAGAUUCCUCGACAUCAUCCGUGACACAAUCACAAACAAACAAAUCACUAAUCCCACCACCGCAGCCGCCGUUAUCCGUCUCUUCUUCCACGACUGUUUCCCUAACGGCUGCGACGCCUCCGUCCUCAUCUCCUCCACCGCCUUCAACACCGCAGAACGUGACUCUUCCAUCAACCUCUCACUCCCCGGAGACGGUUUCGACGUCAUUGUCCGAGCCAAAACAGCUCUCGAACUCGCUUGUCCCAACACAGUUUCUUGCUCAGACAUCAUCUCCGUCGCAACACGUGAUCUUCUAAUCACCGUCGGUGGUCCUUACUACGACGUUUUCCUCGGCCGUCGUGAUUCAAGAACGUCGAAAUCUUCUCUUUUAACCGAUCUUCUUCCUCUUCCUUCCACACCAAUCUCUAAAAUCAUUCAACAGUUUGAAUCAAAAGGUUUCACUGUUCAAGAAAUGGUUGCUCUUAGUGGAGCACAUUCUAUAGGGUUUUCACAUUGUAAAGAGUUUGUGGGUCGGGUGGGUCGGAAUAAUACCGGGUAUAACCCGAGAUUCGCAGUGGCUUUGAAGAAAGCUUGUGCUAAUUACCCUAAAGAUCCGACUAUCUCUGUGUUUAAUGAUAUUAUGACUCCUAAUAAGUUUGAUAAUAUGUAUUAUCAGAAUCUUAAAAAGGGUCUUGGGUUACUUGAAUCGGAUCAUGGAUUAUAUUCUGACCCUAGAACCAGAUAUUUUGUUGAUCUUUAUGCUAAGAAUCAAGAUCUGUUUUUCAAAGAUUUUGCUAAAGCUAUGCAGAAGUUGAGUCUUUUUGGUAUACAGACUGGUAGAAGAGGAGAGAUCCGAAGAAGGUGCGAUGCUAUUAAUUGAGUUUAUGUUUUUAAUUUAUUUAAUUUUUGGGUUAUAUUGGAUUGUGAAUCUUCUGAGUUAUUACACUCAUAUGUUUUUGUGUAAUGUAAAAGAUAUAUGGUUGAUUGUUCUAAUUAAGAGAUUGGUUUUGGUACAAAGAUUGUUAACCUUUGUGCAGAGAUUGAAUUUGAUGAUUAUGUAAAGGAAAUGUUCUGCAUUUCAGCUCUAAAAUUUGAGUCCGGUUCAGUGAGAGUAAACCAAACUGAAGUAGUUGUAGUUUGAGUUUGGUAAUCAUUCAUUAGUGGCUGAUUGAUAAUUAAUAUGUUGGUUGAGAUAAGAGAUGUGAUUUAAUGGAUACGGAGUUGGUAGCUCAACGAGUGAACUUUUGGAAUCUGGAGCAUCUAGGGGGUUUAGAGUUUGAGCACCACCAACAAUAAAGAGAGAUUUACAUUACAAUGGAAACCUUCUUUCUUCGAUCUAAUUAACUAUAUUUGUGGUUUCUUGU